AUGGGCGACAUGGCCAACAGUUCCAUCGAGUUCCACCCCAAGCCCCAGCAGCAGCAGGAGGCCCCCCAUGCGGGUGGCUUCGGGUGCACGCUGGCUGAGCUGCGCUCCCUCAUGGAGCUGCGAGGGGCUGAGGCGCUGCAGAAGAUCCAGGAAGCCUACGGGGACGUCGGCGGGCUGUGCAGGCGGCUGAAGACCUCGCCCACGGAGGGCCUGGCGGACAACACCAAUGACUUGGAGAAGCGCAGGCAGAUCUAUGGGCAGAACUUCAUCCCUCCCAAGCAACCCAAGACCUUCCUUCAGUUGGUGUGGGAGGCCCUGCAGGAUGUGACCCUCAUCAUCCUGGAGGUGGCCGCCAUCGUCUCCCUGGGCCUGUCGUUCUAUGCACCGCCCGGGGAGGAGAGUGAAGCCUGCGGGAACGUGUCAGGUGGGGCGGAAGACGAGGGCGAGGCUGAGGCUGGCUGGAUCGAAGGCGCUGCCAUCCUGCUGUCUGUCAUUUGUGUGGUGCUGGUCACGGCCUUCAAUGACUGGAGCAAGGAGAAGCAGUUCCGAGGCCUACAGAGCCGAAUUGAGCAGGAGCAGAAGUUCACGGUCAUCCGGAACGGGCAACUCCUCCAGGUCCCUGUGGCUGCACUGGUGGUGGGGGACAUUGCCCAGGUCAAGUACGGAGACCUGCUGCCUGCUGACGGCGUGCUCAUCCAGGGCAACGACCUCAAGCUGGACGAGAGCUCUCUGACAGGGGAGUCGGACCAUGUGCGCAAGUCCGCCGACAAAGACCCCAUGCUGCUCUCAGGCACUCAUGUUAUGGAGGGUUCUGGAAGGAUGGUGGUGACGGCCGUCGGUGUGAACUCCCAGACAGGCAUCAUCUUCACCUUGCUUGGAGCUGGUGGAGAAGAGGAGGAGAAGAAGGAUAAGAAAGGUACGGCAACUCAGCUGCCUGUCGCCACAGCCUCAGCAGCAGCACGAGCAGCUCCCCCCUUCCACUCCCCGUUAGUCCCAGGCAAGCAGCAGGAUGGGGCGAUGGAGAGUAGCCAGACCAAAGCUAAGAAGCAGGAUGGGGCGGUUGCCAUGGAAAUGCAGCCCCUGAAGAGCGCGGAGGGCGGGGAGAUGGAGGAGCGGGAGAAGAAGAAAGCCAACGUGCCCAAGAAGGAGAAGUCGGUCCUUCAGGGGAAGCUCACGAAGCUGGCCGUGCAGAUCGGGAAAGCAGGGCUCGUGAUGUCCGCCAUCACCGUCAUCAUCCUGGUCCUCUACUUUGUGAUUGAGACCUUUGUCGUGGACGGCCGGGCGUGGCUGGCAGAGUGCACACCGGUCUACGUGCAGUACUUUGUGAAGUUCUUCAUCAUUGGUGUCACUGUGCUGGUUGUGGCUGUCCCAGAGGGCCUGCCUCUUGCUGUCACCAUCUCCUUAGCUUACUCUGUCAAGAAAAUGAUGAAGGAUAACAACUUGGUACGCCACCUGGAUGCCUGCGAGACCAUGGGCAACGCCACAGCCAUCUGCUCGGACAAGACGGGCACACUCACCACCAACCGUAUGACCGUGGUCCAGUCCUACCUAGGGGACACACAUUACAAAGAGGUUCCAGCCCCCAACGCCCUGACCCCCAAGAUCCUCGACCUCCUGGUCCACGCCAUCUCCAUCAACAGUGCCUACACCACCAAAAUACUACCUCCGGAGAAGGAAGGCGCUCUCCCACGCCAAGUGGGCAAUAAGACGGAGUGCGCUCUGCUGGGCUUCGUCUUGGACCUGAAGCGGGACUUCCAGCCCGUGCGGGAGCAGAUUCCGGAAGACAAGCUCUACAAAGUGUACACCUUCAACUCGGUCCGCAAGUCCAUGAGCACGGCCAUCCGCAUGCCCGACGGCGGCUUCCGCCUCUUCAGCAAGGGGGCCUCAGAGAUCCUGCUCAAAAAGUGCACCAACAUCUUAAACAGCAACGGUGAACUCCGAGGCUUUCGUCCUCGGGACCGGGAUGACAUGGUGAAGAAGAUCAUUGAGCCGAUGGCUUGUGAUGGCCUCCGCACCAUCUGCAUCGCCUACCGGGACUUCUCUGCAGGCCAGGAGCCUGACUGGGACGACGAGAAUGAGGUCGUGGGUGAUCUCACCUGCAUAGCUGUCGUGGGCAUCGAGGACCCCGUGCGGCCGGAGGUCCCUGAAGCUAUCCGCAAAUGCCAGCGUGCUGGCAUCACGGUCCGCAUGGUGACUGGGGACAACAUCAACACGGCGAGGGCCAUCGCGGCCAAGUGCGGCAUCAUCCAGCCCGGGGAGGACUUCCUGUGCCUGGAGGGGAAGGAGUUCAACCGGCGGAUCCGCAACGAGAAAGGCGAGAUAGAGCAGGAGCGGCUGGACAAGGUGUGGCCCAAGCUGAGGGUGCUCGCCCGCUCGUCUCCCACCGACAAGCACACUCUGGUCAAAGGGAUUAUCGACAGCACCACUGGCGAGCAGCGGCAGGUGGUGGCUGUGACCGGGGAUGGCACCAAUGAUGGGCCGGCCCUCAAAAAGGCGGACGUGGGCUUCGCCAUGGGCAUCGCAGGGACUGAUGUGGCCAAGGAGGCCUCUGACAUCAUCCUGACUGACGACAACUUCACCAGCAUCGUCAAGGCGGUUAUGUGGGGCCGCAACGUCUAUGACAGCAUCUCUAAGUUCCUGCAGUUCCAGCUGACGGUCAACGUGGUGGCCGUGAUCGUGGCCUUCACAGGCGCCUGCAUUACUCAGGACUCUCCUCUCAAAGCCGUGCAGAUGUUGUGGGUGAACUUGAUCAUGGACACAUUUGCCUCCCUGGCCCUGGCAACAGAGCCGCCCACCGAGUCGCUGCUGCUGAGGAAGCCCUACGGCCGGGACAAGCCCCUCAUCUCUCGCACCAUGAUGAAGAACAUCCUGGGCCACGCCGUCUACCAGCUCACCAUCAUCUUCACGCUGCUCUUCGUCGGGGAGCUCUUCUUUGACAUCGACAGCGGGAGGAAUGCGCCCCUGCACUCGCCGCCCUCGGAGCACUACACCAUCAUCUUCAACACCUUCGUCAUGAUGCAGCUCUUCAACGAGAUCAACGCCCGCAAGAUCCACGGCGAGAGGAACGUGUUUGACGGCAUCUUCAGCAACCCCAUCUUCUGCACCAUCGUCCUGGGCACCUUUGCCAUCCAGAUUGUCAUCGUCCAGUUCGGCGGGAAGCCCUUCAGCUGCUCCCCACUGUCCACAGAACAGUGGCUCUGGUGCCUGUUUGUUGGUGUUGGGGAGCUGGUCUGGGGACAGGUCAUCGCCACCAUCCCCACCAGCCAGCUCAAGUGCCUGAAGGAAGCGGGGCACGGGCCCGGGAAGGACGAGAUGACCGACGAGGAGCUGGCCGAGGGGGAGGAGGAGAUCGACCACGCCGAGCGCGAGCUCCGCCGGGGCCAGAUCCUCUGGUUCCGGGGCCUCAACAGGAUUCAGACGCAGAUGGAGGUAGUGAGUACCUUCAAGAGAAGCGGUUCAUUUCAGGGUGCUGUGCGCCGGCGGUCGUCAGUCCUCAGCCAGCUCCAUGACGUAACCAAUCUUUCUACCCCCACUCACAUCCGGGUGGUGAAAGCGUUCCGUAGCUCGCUCUAUGAAGGCCUAGAGAAACCGGAGUCCAAGACCUCCAUUCAUAACUUCAUGGCAACGCCCGAGUUUCUGAUCAAUGACUACACCCACAACAUCCCGCUCAUCGAUGACACGGACGUGGACGAGAACGAGGAGCGCCUGCGGGCCCCCCCGCCCCCAUCCCCCAACCAGAACAACAAUGCCAUAGACAGUGGCAUCUACCUGACCACGCAUGUCACCAAGUCAGCUACCUCUUCAGCGUUCUCUUCCAGUCCUGGGAGCCCGCUCCACAGCAUGGAGACGUCCCUCUAACCAGAACUCGUCUCGGCACAUGCACACACGCACACUUGGGCUCACACGCAGUCACACGCGCACACACACACACACACACACAGAGGGGGACCCACACACCUGCAAAUGAGGGCAAUGACUAUGGUGGCUGAAGACUUGUCUUGUGGGGCAUUUGCAAGAAGCCAAACCCAUUCAAUAAGGGUGCAGCCUGCCACAGGCUUCACAUCGGGGAUGAGGGCUGGGGCGGAGGAAGAAGAGGAGGAGGAAGGGGAGGUUCUUCAUCUGAAGGGGAAGAAGGAGAAAGUGGACAGUGAGAAGAGCUGUGUUCCCCACCCUUUUUCUAUGGCUUCUUUUUUAAGGAAAACUCCAAUUCCACCAUGUGUUCGCCGCGGGGCUGUGUGGGGGGCAGGGACAGGGCCGCUGCCUUGGGUUUCCUGGGAGCUUUGUUGCACCCAUGAGGGAGCGAUCGGAUCAACAUAUUCAUACAAAAAAACGUUGAGCUCUCUGUGGGGCCAUGAAGGAUGCCACUACCCAGACAGGCCACCCGAGGGAGCCACCUGCAAGUGUACCUGCAACCGCAAAGCAAGCCAUCCCCAGAGUAAACUAGACACGUGUGCGGUGUGCAUGUGUGCGUGUGUGCAUAUAUACACGGCAAGAUGCGCAUUUCCAGAAUAGGGAACUAUUAUUGGCAUGAUACUUCCAUUCCUCUGACCAGGCAUUUUCAUUUUGAAAUUUCAUUAUUGAAUGUAGCAAGUUUUUUUUUUUUUUUUCAGGGAACUAGACUGCAAGAAUAUCUUCUUGGUUAAUAUAUUUUUGUCCCCAAUUGCCCUGCCCGCCCCUCAGAACCCCACCCUUACCCUUCGGGCCUCCGGUUACAGUCGGAGCAUCUGCACUUUGCGAGCCCUGCCUAUGGAGGAGAAAAAACUUUCAAUGGAAUUUUUUAUUUAAAAGGAA